GCUACUACGGCGGUCAGGGCCAUCUUUGGUUGUAUUCGCCGGGUGGACCUCAGUCAGUGAUCAAUUGCGAUAGUUAUCAAAUUAAGCCAGCGAUAGGUGUCUGCAAGCGGCUCGUUUAUUUCCAUCAAGUCAACUACCCCUUUAGAUAUUCUGCGUAAAUAUUCAACCGCAUCAACACCGUUUUGAAGAUUUUCUCCGCGGAAAUUUGACCGAAGACGGGAGAUCCACUGUAAUACAACAUGGAUGAGGAAUAUGAUGUGAUCGUAUUGGGCACCGGACUUACAGAGUGCAUCCUUUCUGGGAUCAUGUCCGUGAAUGGGAAGAAAGUGUUGCAUAUGGACAGGAAUCCAUAUUACGGAGGUGAAAGUUCCUCCAUCACACCCUUGGAGGAGCUCUAUAAGAGAUUUGGGAUUUCAGACAGCCCCCCGGAGUCGAUGGGCCGGGGAAGAGACUGGAAUGUUGAUCUAAUCCCUAAAUUCCUGAUGGCCAAUGGUCAGUUAGUUAAGAUGCUUCUAUACACUGAAGUGACCAGAUAUCUCGACUUUAAAGUGGUCGAGGGAAGCUUUGUGUACAAAGGGGGGAAAAUCUACAAAGUGCCUUCAACUGAGACGGAGGCUCUAGCUUCAAACCUAAUGGGAAUGUUUGAGAAAAGACGUUUCCGGAAGUUCCUAGUUUUUGUGGCCAACUUUGAUGAGAACGACCCCAAGACGUUCGAGGGUGUUGAUCCCAAACUCACAACAAUGGGAGAGGUGUACAAGAAGUUUGAUUUAGGACAGGAUGUCAUAGAUUUCACAGGACACGCCUUGGCCCUCUACAGGACAGACGAUUACCUUGAGCAGCCGUGUCUGGAGACCAUCAAUCGGAUCAAACUCUACAGUGAAUCUCUGGCACGCUAUGGGAAGAGCCCUUACCUGUACCCGCUUUACGGAUUGGGAGAGCUGCCCCAGGGAUUUGCUCGGUUAAGUGCAAUUUACGGUGGAACCUAUAUGUUAAACAAACCGGUGGAUGAGAUAGUUAUUGAGGAUGGCCACGUGGUGGGCGUGAAAUCUGAAGGAGAGAUUGCACGCUGCAAACAGCUCAUCUGUGACCCCAGCUACAUCCCGGACCGUGUGCAGAAAGUAGGCCAGGUGAUCAGAGUCAUCUGCGUCCUUAGUCAUCCCAUAAAAAAUACCAAUGAUGCCAACUCCUGCCAGAUCAUCAUUCCUCAGAAUCAAGUGAACCGCAAAUCAGAUAUCUACGUGUGCAUGAUCUCCUACGCUCAUAAUGUGGCGGCUCAGGGGAAAUAUAUUGCCAUUGUAAGCACCACUGUGGAAACCUCGGAUCCUGAAGCUGAAAUCGAACCCGCUCUGGAACUUCUUGAACCCAUUGACCAAAAGUUUGUGGCCAUCAGUGAUAUGUAUGAGCCCACAGAUGACGGUACAGACAGUCAGGUAUUUGCAUCACGGUCUUACGAUGCCACCACUCACUUUGAGACGACCUGUAACGACAUCAAAGACAUCUACAAGCGCAUGACAGGAAGUGACUUCGAUUUUGAGAACAUGAAGCGUAAACAGAAUGACGUCUUUGGAGAGGAUGAACAGUGAGAGGCGUUGAUCUCUAGGAGCAGAAGGGGAGAUAGGUCAGGCUGAAUUUGAUUUACAUGGGCCGGGUUUGGAGAACACAAGAGAUUUAAGAAUGUUGUGAAUCUUUUUCAACUGUCAUUAUCUCCCAGAAUGCUCUUUGUCUUGAAGCCCCGCCCCCGUGUAUUCCGUUCAGAUUCACACAGUUCAGCACACAGACACAAAUGCUCUAUUGCUCACAUUCCAUAAUUCACCUCUCUGCACUACAAAGUGGGCGACAUGCUAGUUUAGAGUCGCAAUUUGCAUCGUUUCAUGCAAAUAUCCUGUUGAAGUGAAACGUGUCUUUUUGUCCUGAAUAUUGCCCUCGACUGAAGCCCACACAUGUGAAAAACUGUGACUAUUGAAGGAAAGACUAAAUGAAUCGCAUCCACUUUAGUGAAACAUACCCAAACUCAGACUGUUAGUCCCAAACAGAAACAGCUUCAUACUUCAACAGUUUUCCUGUAUUUAGGUUUCCUGUGUAAGUCUUUUAACACUAAUAAUUCAACACUCCAAUUCGACACCUGGAUGCAAUAUGAAAAUUGACAUAUUCGACAUAUUUCAAGUAAAAAAAACAGCUGAAUGUUCUGAAAGGAACUGACAGUCCCUUUGGUGUGUAUCAUUUCAGUAGAUCUAACUAUCACUGACUGCUCUUUCAUGUUAUUUAAUUGUCUUUUUUUGGGGGUGGAUUUUUCUGGACAACUAAAUCAAAUGAGGUGCAUAAUAUGCAGUAUAGAAGUGAAUUGUAAGCCAUUGACUUGUAACUAACAUUUUGUCUUUGUACUAACUUGAAAAACCACACACUUCUUAUUGAUCUUGUUCUAAAUUCCUCUUUCUUCUGUAAUCCCGGACGUUCAUAGUCUUGAAUGAUGACAGAUACGGACAUCUGUUAUUUAAUGGAAAUGUUUGUGAAAAUUUGAAACAAGACGAUCUUGAGAGCAAGCAUGAGCCUUGAAUUUAAGAGCGUUGAAGGAAUUGUGGAAGGAAUGGCAAAAAUGAGAAUUUAUUAAGUAUCAUAAUUGCUAUUCUGGCUUUUGGACACCUGAGAACACAGACAGAUAUUACGCUAAUAUUUAUUUGUUAUUAACACUACAUCUCUCCUUGUGAACAUCUACAUCUUCUCAUUGUACAACGCAAACUACAUCAUUAUCAACGACUGACACUUUUACACUCGGCUGUUAGAAACCACAACACAAACUUUGAAAUACUGAAGCAAGAUUAGUCAUGUUCACCAUCAUUGAUAUCUGUUGUGUAAAAUGUCUUAAUCAUGCUUAUUUCUAUUUUCUAUUGCCAUGAAUAGAAGUUGACAGUAGUCUGCUGGACCAGCUGAUCAUUGCUGUACUGCUUUCAGUGUAGAAUUUACAAGCACUGCUUUUGUCAUGUGUUGUUUUUCAUAUUCGCCUUGUUCAGAAAAAGCCUCUGACAAAAUCUUUGUUUGAAAUGGAAAACAAGGAGUGAGUGGCAGUUUCAUUACAUUCUUGAAAUUUAUCGGGCCAAAGUCACUUAUGGCCUUAUUGAUUCACAUAGAAUCCUAUUUAAAUCGUACAUUUUCUUCCUUAGUGCACAAAAUUUGCGAUAACUGGAAUCCAAUAGAAUUAAGAAUUGCUAUGUUUGGACAUUAUCGUUUGCACCUCUCCAGCAUAUUCUCUCAUAUGUUUGGAUAAACUGUUUUACUUUUCUUUUGUACUGUAUUUAUUUUUGCUUCGUCUUUCAUUUUCAUUGUUGAAACGAUAACUAAACAUCUAAAAAAUCUGACACAAGCUCGAUGACUAUAAGUUGUGAAUUUCAUCUCGUGUUUGAGCAGUCUUGUGUAACAAAAAUAAAUAUGAAUAAAAUGAAACAAACUUG